UCAAUCCUUGGAAGCUCCAUUACUUGCGAAGCUGCAGGCAAGAACAGAUCUCUGAACCUACAGAGUACUGUUCCUGCUAGUUAUGCAGUUUCAAGCUAUCUCCGCGUGCGCUCUAUGGCCGAGGGUGGUCAAAAGAAGCAACCAACAACUGUAACAAAAGCCUCAAAGAAUCCACAGCCAGCUGCAACUCCUUCACCUUCACCUCCUCCCCCUUCUCCUAAGUUUUCGGAGGUGUUUGCAUUCAGUGGACUAGCUCCAGAGAGAAUCAACGGCAGGCUGGCAAUGGUGGGCUUCGUUGCCGCUCUGGCAGUUGAACUAUCUAAGGGACAAGAUGUGUUUGCUCAGAUAUCCAAUGGCUCCGGAGUCCCAUUGUUCAUCGGCACAAGUGUUUUGCUAUCAGUGGCAUCCUUGGUUCCUCUAUUGAAAGGAGUGAGCGUGAAGUCCAAAUCCGACGGGAUCAUGACCUCAGAGGCAGAGCUCAUAAAUGGAUGGUUGGCCAUGUUGGGUCUUGUAGCUUUGGCCUUCACCGAAUAUGUGACUGGUCGAACCCUAGUGUAG